GGCAUUCGGCUCCCGGAGCUCCGGAGCGGCCGCCGGGCGCGCACGUGUGGCCCCGGGGCCGCGGAACAGCGCGGAGCGGAGGCGCGGAGGAGGGCGCAGCCCCUCGGCUCUGCCCCGGCCGCGGCCCCCGGCGGGGCGCUGCGGUGUGCAUGGCCCUGCGCGGCCGGCGAUGGCUGUGUGAUGGCCCAGCGCGGGCAGCCCGCACCGCACGCCAUGGCUGCCAAAGAGGAGCUGUACAGCAAAGUCAUCCCCCGGCGGAACCGGCAGCACCGCGCGGGGACCAUCAAACACGGCUCGUCGCUGGAGAUCCUGCUGUCAAUGGGCUUCCCCAAAGCUCGGGCACAAAAAGCACUGGCAUCGACAGGUGGAAGAAGCGUCCAAGCAGCAUGCGACUGGCUGUUCUCCCAUGUGGGUGAUCCGUUCCUGGAUGACACCCUGCCUCGGGAGUACGUCCUCUACCUGCGCCCCACCGGCCCCCUGGCUCAGAAGCUCUCAGAGUUCUGGCAGCAAUCAAAGCAGAUCUGCGGGAAGAACAAAGCUCACAACAUUUUCCCACAUAUCACCCUGUGCCAGUUCUUUAUGUGCGAGGACAGCAAGGUCGAUGCUCUCACUGAAGCCCUGCAGGCCACUGUGAUGCGCUGGAAAUGCAAAUUCCCUGCCCCUCUGCCCUUGGAACUCUACACAUCCUCCAACUUCAUCGGGCUUUUUGUAAAGGAGGAAAGUGCUGAGGUGCUCAAGAAGUUUGCUGCAGACUUUGCUGCAGAGGCUGCCUCCAAAGCAGAUGUGCACGUGGAGCCCCACAAGAAGCAGCUCCACGUGACGCUGGCCUAUCACUUCCACACCAGCCACCUGCCCACGCUGGAGAAGCUGGCACAGAACAUCGAUGUCAAGCUGGGCUGUGACUGGGUGGCUGCCAUAUUCUCCCGAGACAUACGCUUUGUUAACCACGAGACUCUACAAGUGAUCUAUCCUUACACUCCCCAGAACGAUGAUGAACUCGAACUGGUUCCUGGGGACUUUAUUUUCAUGUCCCCAGUGGAACAAACCAGUACAAGUGAGGGCUGGAUUUAUGGCAUUUCCCUUGCAACCGGCUGUUCUGGGCUGCUGCCUGAAAAUUACAUCACGAAGGCGGAUGAAUGUGGGACCUGGGUGUUCCAUGGGUCCUACUCAAUCCUGAACACCACAUCUUCCCCCUCCCUUCAAGCUUUUACCGAUGGAGCUCUGGAAAGAAGGCAGCAGGAAGACCAAGGGCCUGGGGACACAGGGCCACUCACCAUCAUCUGCCAAAACGUGCAGCCACUGAGAAUAAGCAGCCAGCCAGGGCCUCAGAAGCGCUGCCUCUUCGUCUGCAGGCAUGGGGAGAGAAUGGAUGUCGUUUUUGGGAAGUACUGGUUGUCACAGUGUUUUGAUGCCAAAGGAAGGUACGUGCGCAGUAACCUGAAUAUGCCUCACAGCUUACCUCAAAGGAGCGGCGGGUUCAGGGACUAUGAAAAAGAUGCGCCCAUCACUGUGCUUGGCUGUACGCAGGCGAGGCUCGUUGGAGAAGCCUUGCUAGAAACUAACACCAUUGUAGACUACAUCUACAGCUCCCCGUCCCUUCGGUGCGUACAGACAGCACACAAUAUCCUGAAAGGUAUGCAACAAGAGAACAACCUGAAAAUUCGGAUAGAGCCAGGCUUGUUUGAAUGGACCAAGUGGGUCUCGGGGAACACACUACCUGCUUGGAUACCCCCCAUGGAUUUAGCUGCAGCUACUCUAAGCGUUGAUACAACCUACAGACCUCAUAUUCCUGUCAGCAAGUUAGUGGUUUCUGAAUCUUAUGAUACAUACAUAAGUAGAAGCUACCAAGUAACGAAAGAAAUCAUCAGUGAAUGUAAAGGCAAAGGAAACAACAUCCUGAUAGUGGCACACGCAUCCUCCCUGGAGGCCUGUACCUGCCAGCUCCAAGGGCUCUCGCCACAGAACUCCAAGGACUUCGUACAGAUGGUCCGAAAGAUUCCAUACUUGGGUUUUUGUUCGUGUGAAGAACUAGGAGAUACAGGUGUCUGGCAGCUUACAGAUCCCCCCAUCCUCCCUCUGACACACGGACCAACUGGAGGCUUUAACUGGAGAGAAACCUUACUACAAGAAUAAGCAAAGCUACACGAGCAAGGAAAACCCACAGCCUUUCCAAGCGUUGGAGAAUGUCUCUUCUUUCUUGUGUAUAUUGAACAGUGGAAAAAUAGUCAUAAUGUUACGUGGAUUACACAAACAGCUGUUCUAGCAUAUCUUACAUGGCCAGAGACAUGCCAAAAUUCUCACGUACAUCUAAGCAAACACAAAAGGGAGUGAUUGGGGUGAAAAUAUUAAAAUAUAGGUUGAAAUUCUUGCACUGCAAUGAGGCUGUACAGUCAGUAGCUCAGGUAGGUUUCCCCACCAUGAAUGGAGCUCUGAUCACACCAGUAACUUCCAUUGCCUCCCACACCACACCAGUAACAGCUAGCACUGUGUGAAAGUCCAGCAUUCAGGAGGGGCUUUUUCAUUGCUAUUUUCUGCAGAGCAGUAGCAGGCUUGCUCAGGUCCACGUGCUCACUCCUCACUCACAGCCCCCAGGUUCUUGGCACCUUUCAGAGGGCACUCCACCACCAGCAGGGAACAAGAGGUCAGCACUGCCUCACAGGCAGCACCAGAUGCUCCUCUCCUCUGGUCCAGCCCUGUGCUGGGCGCUGUGCUGGGCGCACUGCUGAUGCAAAGGCUGUGGGAUGCUGAUCUGCAUCAGGAGAAGUGCUAAAUUUCACAGCACUUACUGAUGAAGAUUGCACAUCAGAAGAGGGCAUUAUGGCGAACAAGGACCAGGCACUGUUUCUUUUAAGUGGAGAUGGAAUAACCCUUUUCCAAUCAAACAUGGAGGAUUUAUGAAGUGGUUUUGUUCCCCUCUUUAUUUAGAGGAUUGAAAUCCACUCUUGUACACAGACAUAGCAUGAAGCAUUUGUGUCUUUGUCAUUUAUAGCCCCCUUAGAAGACCCUGAAAAAGGGGCUCUGCCUUUACUAAGAUUUCGUGCUGGUCAUUACACAACAACAGCUUUCUGCCAGCCCUGGUGAGGUUCUGCACCAAGCAGCUUUCUGCAGAGAGUAACAAACUCAAAACAGCACUGAAAUUCAGCCUUUGCUGUGUGCUCUCCUUCCAAGUGCCAUCUGUCAUUAAGACAAAGCAGAGCUGAAAAAUCAGGGCACUGAAAUUCAGGAGCAGUAUGCUUUGUUCUACAUUCCAGUAAGGGAAGGGUUAGCUUUUGGGAGAAGGGAAGGGCUUCCAUCUGGACCUACAGCUUUUGAAAUCCCAGCAAGUUCUGCAGCAAACAGAGCAAUGCAGUCCUCAUAGUGCAGCAGCCUUCUCCUGCAAGAUGCCAACGCCAGCUGCUUUAGAAGAGAAUGCUACAACACCCCAUAGAUGAGAGUUUACAAUGCUAAGUGACUUAAAGAAAGCUGCUCUGAAGCUAAUCAGCUAGGUCUUCAGAAUGCUCUUACAGAUGUUUGUUAUAGCUUACUUUGAGAAGGUACAAAAAACGUGCUUACAUGGGACAAAAGAAGACUUGAGCAUACUCCUUCCUUGGCGUAGAUAAAAGCAACAGCAGGCCUAAAUUACCCAAAAAGAUGAUAGCUACAAUCCAGUAAAGAAAGAAAGAUUUGCUUACUUGUCCCAAGGAUCACAGCUUGCCAAAUGUUCCAAAAGAGAGAAUCCCCAGGUAGAAACCCUUCCCUUAGGGCAGCUAGCCCUUAAAUGAGGAUUAGGGAGGGGUGGAACCAGGCUUCACCUCUACUGGUCUCACAGGUAAAUUGCUUUCACUUGUGCUCCCAGGGCUGGCUACAUUUGGACCAUCAUUCAGAGUAUGCCCAUAAAAUAUAAUCCUAUUUACCAGAAAAGAUACUCUGGCAUCCUAGGGUACCCCUCUUCUAUCCGGGUUUCCCUCUGUAGAAAGCACUAAUAUCCUUAUUUAAAACAUUUGCACAGAAGUUUAUAGAGGCCAACUUUAACAAAGGCUUAUUGUUCAUAGCAAGAUCAGACUUGAUUUGGAGCAAGUUUCUUUGGGCCAGGAGUGGCCUCACCUUGCAUUGGAUAAGAUGUAGCUGCACUUCCAGCAGUCAGAACAAAUAAGAAGUGGUAAAUUGCAACAACACCUUGUUUCUAAAGCAGGUAAAACGCUCUGCAGCUGUGAUGUAAAGGAUCUUAAGGGGCUGAACUCAGCUUUGUCUCCGCUUUAAUGAGCUGAUCCUGAGCUUGCCAGGGCAAACACAGCAGAUGCUGUACAGAUGUUGACUCAGCAGAGAGCUCAUCCUGUGCAAUAUUGUACAUUGUCACAAUGCAUAUCAGUAUCUAUUAUUUAUACAUUUAUGACUGUAAUACAUGGUUGGCCAUUCAUAAGUGCAUUACGAUACCAGGGAUGUAUACUGAAAAGUCAGGGAAAUAACUUACGAGAUGACAGAAAAGAACUGCUUCUCUGCAGUUAUACUGCUGUCACUUUAGUUUUUAACUAUAAUUUAAACUCUUCUUGGCUGUGUACAGACGUUUUGAAGAGCGUUUCUGGCUUGUUUUCCUCCAAGCUUACUCACUGCAAAUUUGCAAAGAGUUUAUUUAAAACUGAAGAGGCGACAAUCACACGACAACUGAUUUGGUUACUGAUGAGCGUGUGAUUCUCUGGAUGGCGUUUGGUUUCAUGCUGUGGGUCAGCAAGGCGUGAUGCAAAGCAGUGGAGGCUGCUUAAGUCCUACUGCAGUUAAGCAACGUUACGGAGUUUAUUCAGACAGAAGCGUGAAACAGAGAGGGAACAAAACCUGAAUGCACAAUUUGAAUAGUAUACUAGCUGAUCUUUGCAUAUAGUAAGUAAUGCAAAACAAAAAGUGUUCUGUUCGAGAAGGUAAAAUAUGUUAAAAUACUCUCUUCUUAAAAAACUAUAUUUUUGGAUGUUUGGGAAAGUAUUUUGACAAUUGUAGUCUUAUCUCACAUUAGAUUUUUCAGGUGUCAAGAAUGUCAGGAAGAAAAUCUUACUUUCUUCCAGCAUUUUGAUUUCUUGUAGGGGUUUUGUGUUAAAUAAUGUCAUGUUGAUGAGGCUUAUUGGGAGAAAAAAAGAAAAAAAAAAUGUUCCUUUUCCAUUUUUAAUUAAUGUUACGAAAACAGAACAGUUGCUGCUUCACUUUCACUCCAUUGCUGCUCAUUAAUGUGUAUUUAAUGUUGCUUCAGUGUUCUGUCACAGAAGAAUGUUAGGCUUAAGCUACCAAAAGCAGGUGCAAGUCUUCUCCUUGCCAUCACUGGGAGCUGCAUCAGAUCCCAGGAGUUUAAUUAGGGUAUAGAAGGCGGGCAGCAGCUUCUAGAUUUCUCCCACUCUUCCCAAUUAAGGAAUGAAACUGGCAACCUGCCAAGAAUAUUGUUCUUCCAGUGUUUCCAUAAAGCAUAAUCCAAGGGUUGUGCUAGAAAAAUACAAGAAUCAAAGCACAGAAUCAAGCUCUAGCAUGGCAGUUGCUGAUGGGAUGGCACUGAGGGGGGCGGGGAAGAACUGGUAUGUUUCACCAAGUUAGGAUUUGAGCAAGGCUUUGCACAGGGCCUGUAUCUCUGGACAAAAUAUCCCUGUGCUGAGGAGGCUGGCAACACACUGCAGUGUGCACCUACCUGCUGGCUUGAGCUCUGCAUUUCUCAUUUAAUGCACAUGCCACAUCUGAAGUUCCACGAAUUUUCCCUGCAUUUAGUGCAGCGGUAGCUGCAGCCAAAAGAUUAAAUCCCGUGCACACAGGACAGGUUCUCAGCAAGUGUGAAUUGAUGCCCUGUACUCCCGUCAACAGAGCUUUGCCUACUCACGCAAACUGAGGAUGUAUGUGAUACCAUCAGACAGAAGUAUCAUUCUCUUUUUGCUCACUCAGCUUCAGAAAGCCCAGCUGAUGGCAGGAGCCGCCUCCUCCCCUCUGUUGGUAGCUCCUGGUAUCAGCUUUAUUAGGCAGGUGAUAAUUAACAUCACCUGAGAAGCAGUUGUUUAGAGAUUUUAGAGAUUAUUCUUCCCACAAGCAACACAGGCAGUAAUUCUGCAAAACAGAGAGGAGAGGAGCUGCUAGAAGGUUGCUGCCCAGCACUUAAACAGAGGGGAAAUUAUUUGGACUUAAAAUACAGAUGUGAAAUGAUAGUGGUAGCAAACACACUUAAAAUGGUGAAUGAUUGAAAAAAGAACACAGCAGUUCCUGUGAUCGGUUGCAUAUGCUCCAAAUUGCCACUCAGCUCUCACCACUUCCCCAAAUACACAUUGCCUGGGGAAUAAUGGUGACCCAUCCACACGACACAACAAAACACACAGCCAUCUCCUUUCUGUUCCUUCCCAUUAAAAUGUAUUUUCUGAAGUUUCUCUGUGGACAGUUCUUAAAACUUGAUGUUACCAGUGGAUACAUUUUUUUUUUUUCAUUUUAAACCUAUUGUACCAUUCUGUUUAUUAUGUUUUCUAGUGUGAGCAGAUCGUAUUUAUUUGAGAAAAAUGUUUGCUGUUUAAAAAAACAAUAAUUGUAUUGCCAAAAAUAGCUGUAAUUACCUGUGACAUCUGUAUUUUUUUAUUUUGGGGGGGGAGGGUUGGUUGGUUGUUUUUAAUCUCAAGUGCUAACAACUAUUAAAACAACCAUUGCAUUUUAAUUUGCUUAUUACAUUAAAUGGAUUUCUCUGAAGUCGAA